CUUCCGGUGUGUACUCGAAGUCACCUGACUGAACUGGUGACAGGAGUCAGGCCAGGCAAACUCAAGCAAACUCCAGAGAAACUUCGACACAAUCUGUUUUUUUUAAAUUUCUGUUGUUUUUUUUAUUAUUCGAAGCGCCUAUCUAAUUCUUUAAAUCAUGGCGUUUUUGAUUUGCGGUCCCAAACUUGCCACAUGUGGGAUGGUCAUCAGCAUUUGGGGAGUUAUCAUGUUGGCAAUGCUGGGGAUAUUCUUCCAAACACAUUCAGCAGUGCUGAUCGAAGACGUGCCUCUGACUGAGGAAGACCUCCACAGUGGUGAAAACCCUCUCCAGAGCGUCUACAGCCUCUACAACCAGGUCGGCUACAACUGUUUCAUAGCAGCUGGGAUCUACGUUCUGGUGGGAGCCUUCUCCUUUUGCCAAAUCAAACUCAACAAGCGCAAGGAGUACCUGGUGCACUAGUGGCUGUGCGGGGUGGAGGAGCUCCUGAGGGAUGCUUCAUAGCAGCGAGGGACGCUGCAUUUGGACGCUCUAGAAAAUCCAGCGUGGUCAUCUUUGAAUCCUUUGUCUGCUCACUGACAUUUGUCUUUGGUGUUUAAACUUCUAAGCAGAAGCUACAGGGAUGGAAAUGGCCCAAGAUUUAUCUGGAUGCAGCCUGAGAGCGCAGGAAUUGUCCUGUGUGUUAAUAUAUUUAAGAAGAGAUUAGUUCUACCUCUUGAUCACAGAUGCCUCACUUUCCUUAUUUGAUUUUUUGGGUCUAGGAAAAUCAUUUUUCUUUCACUUUCACUAGUCGUUGUUUCACUUUUUUGUUGUUCUAUAGAAUCUGAAUGAAUUGUGAUUCGUUCAUGCCUUGCAGAAACUAACAAUUAUUUAUCAAAGCAUUUCAAAGUUAAUUUAAAACCAGCAAAGUUGUCUCUAGAGUGCCAUAGUGCAUAGCUGUUCAUUCUCUCUGACUUCCAAUGGACAGUCUGCCAUCAAAUAAGUGAACUCUGGUGCUAAUUCUUCAGCUGUGCCUGUUUAGAUUCUGUCGUUUGUCUGAUCAAUUUGUCCAGUUUUUUCUUCUCUAUAUUUUUCUAUUUGUCUGUACAUGCCCCAAGAAAGUAUUGUUAAUAAAUUUGUGUGCCUUUCAGUA